CGAAAUUACGUACUCAAUGGCUAGUACGGGCGUAAACUUGUUCAUAUUCUUAUAUUUAUCUUUUUUAAGCAAACAUACGAAAGGAAAUCUGUUAGAGGGCAAAAUAGUUCAGGGGGAUUAUGUGAAAAUUCUUAAUUAUCCUCAUGCCGUUUACUUAGAAAUACAAUGUGAAGAUCAAUCAACGCAUAUUUGUGGAUCAUCUAUACUGAACCAGUAUUAUCUGAUUUCAGUAGCACACUGUUUUAAUACUGUAGGAAAAAAUGGCAAAAUAAUAGCAUUCGCUGGACAUGAAAAUAUAAAAAAGGCGAAUGUUAUAAGAAAGAAUGUGAUACCAAUAAUCCACAGUAAAUUUGAUGUUUCUAAAGUUGAACAUGAUAUUGCUUUAUUAUUGCUCGAUAAAAAAAUGCCAUUGGGGAGCCGUACUCAGAGAAUUAUAAUAAUGAAGAAUUUUCCUACGAGGAUUGAAGGUUCUGUAGCGGGAUGGGGGGAUUUCACUGACGAAGAAUCUAUUUUACUAAAAUCUGUUACGCAGACCCUUAAAACCAGAAACUAUUGCAACGUUUUAAGAUUAGGACCAGGGAUGUUUUGCGCUGGAAGUAUGCAAACUUCUGACCCGAGACCGGCUGCCAGUGAUUCUGGCAGUGGGUUGGUUACUAAAAACUACCAAUUAAUAGGACUCUUAUCAUACAAAGUGACUAAGUUUCCAGCGCUGCCUGUUUACACCAAUGUUUCAUAUUAUUAUAAUUGGAUUAUAUAUACGACUGGAUCUGCAUUUUGUACUCAGAGAGGAUAAAACUGUAGUUAUUAUCUCAUUUUAUAUAUUUUUUAAGUCAAUAUACUAGCUAUAAAUUGAUUUGAAUAUUGACAGAAAAAAAAUUUACAAGAAAACAAUUGUAAGAAAUAUUAUAACAUUUUUUA